ACCCUCUACACCGCCGGCCAAUUCCCUCUCCGGCUCUCCCUCUCUCUCUCUAACCCUAAGUGCGCAGCCGGCCGGCGGCAGCGCGGCGCCGACGUCGAGCACACCCAGACCCAGGCGCGCAGGCAGCAUCCUCUCCAAGACGGCAACACGGUGUUCAGAUUUCAGAGCACACUUUCGUAGUGUUGGAUAAGGACUUGAUCGAGGGAGAGUUCGUCCCCGGCAACCCGCACACUGAAGGUAUACUUCUGAUCUUCUGUAAAACUCCACCCUAGCUCAUUUUUCUGGCGGGAUCCGCCACUGGUUCUUCCACUGAUGGGUCGCUUGAAGAAGGCCAAGAAGGCCAAAUCCAAUAAAAAGACCAAGAAAGCUGAAGCCUCGUCAUCAUCUAAUCCUGCUGUUGCGUCUGGCCCGGCUAAGGUAUGGCAACCGGGUGUAGAUGCACUGGAAGAUGGGGAGGAGCUCCAGUUUGAUCCUGAGGCCUACAAUUAUCUCCGAGGAUUUAGCAUUGGCUGGCCUUGCUUGAGUUUUGAUGUUAUGCGCGAUCAACUUGGACUUGUCCGAUCAGAGUUCCCACAUACAUUGUAUGGUGUUGCUGGAACGCAGGCUGAGAAGGCUUCAUGGAAUUAUAUUGGUAUUUUCAAGCUUUCCAACAUAAAAGGGAAGAAGCGGGAACCUAUACCAGCUUCAGCAGUUGAUGGUGACAGUGAUAUGGAUAGUGAUAGCAGCAGUGAUGAAGAAGAUGAAGAAAUUAACGAAGAUACAAAGCCUGUUGUACAUCUAAAAAAGGUGGCUCAUGCGGGGUGUGUAAAUCGGAUACGCUCAAUGACUCAAAACCCACAUCUAUGUGCUACGUGGGGAGAUACUGGUCAUGUUCAGGUGUGGGAUUUGAGCAUAUUUCGUAAUUCAUUAGCAGAGUCAGAGACAGCUGGACACAAAGAAGACGACAUAAUCAACAAGCUCUCUCCUGUCAAAGUAUUUAGUGGCCAUAAAGAUGAGGGCUAUGCAAUUGAUUGGAGUCCACUUGUUACUGGAAGACUUGUUUCUGGUGACUGCAAUAAGUGCAUUCACCUAUGGGAGCCAACUUCAAACAACUGGAACGUAGAUGCAAAUCCAUUUGUUGGACACUCUGCAAGUGUUGAAGAUCUACAGUGGAGUCCCACGGAAGCCGACAUAUUUGCCUCUUGUUCAGUGGAUGGUAUGAUAUUGAUAUGGGAUAUACGUACAGGGAAGAAACCAUGUGUUUCUGUUAAGGCUCACAACGCUGAUGUGAAUGUUAUCUCAUGGAAUAGGCUUGCUAGCUGUAUGAUAGCUUCAGGAUGUGAUGAUGGCAGUUUUUCAAUUCGUGAUCUUAGAUUAAUCAAGGGGGACUCCUUGGUAGCACAUUUUGAGUACCACAAGAAAGCAAUUACAUCUAUCGAGUGGAGUCCACAUGAACCAUCAACAUUGGCUGUAACAUCUGAAGAUCAUCAACUCACAAUUUGGGAUCUUUCAUUGGAAAAAGAUAAAGAAGAGGAGGCCGAAUUCAGAGCGAAAUUGAAAGAGCAGGCAAAUGCACCUGAAGAUUUGCCCCCACAACUUCUGUUUGUUCAUCAGGGCCAGAAAGAUCUGAAAGAAUUGCACUGGCACCCACAGAUACCUGCGAUGAUCAUAUCAACGGCAGCUGACGGCUUCAAUGUGUUGAUGCCUAGCAACAUCGAUACAACCAUUCCAGGUGCUGAGCCUAGCAACAUUGAUACAACCAUUCCAGCUGCUGAGCCAUAGAUGUUUUUGUAGCGCCAUACACUUCGAGAUUUAUGUAUCCAGUAGUGUGUAUUCCAGUUUUGCUGUCAUAUGUGUUGGUUACUAUGAUCCUCAGUUCGAGUAUGAUCAGAGUUUUGAUCGACUACCAUUCUGUGCCACAUAGAAGAUAAUAUUUAAUGUGCACAUUUUUUUUGCAUGCAUCCUGGAUGGUAGUUCUGCUU